GGUGGCUGGGCGCAGGGCGCCGGGAGGCGGGGGAGUGCGCGUGCAGUACCUCUGCGCCGGAGCCGGCGGGCGCUGCGGGGAGCUGGUUUGCCGUGGGCGGGGAGCCGGACGCGGGAGCGGGGAGCGCGCCGCCAGCGGGCGAGUGCGGGUGUGCGAGGCCGCGGCGACGGGCCCGCGAGCCUGGAGCGCCGCAUCUAGGAGAUGCGAGCGGCAGGGAGCCGCCGCGCUGCUGUGCCGGGUGAACUCGAGCGGCAGUGACCUCAGCGAGGGGAGAGCGGGAGGACGGCGGCUGCCAGCCCCGCGGGGACCCUGGGGGCCAGGGGUACGCGGGGCACGGCGGCGGCGCGGGAGCGCGGGGCGCAGACCGGGCGGGGCUGGGGGACAGUGAUGAGAGGGCGCGCGGGGAGGCUGCACGCCGCCGCCGCCGCCCGGAGCAUCUGCCGCCCGAGCUGCUGCUCGCGGCCCCGGACCCGGCCAUGGAGACGCUGAACGGCCUCGCGGGCGGUGGCGCCCCGGACGCGAAGCCGCUCCCGCCCGGCCAGCACCAUCGCCACCACCACCUCCACCCGCUGGCCGAAGGUAGGCGGCUGCACCGCGCGCCCUCGCCCGCCAGACCCUUCCUCAAGGACCUGCACGGUCGACCCCCGGCGUCCGGCCCGGCUCCGGCCGCCUCCUCCUCGGGCCGAGCCCCGGCGCCCGGCACCCCGCGCUCGCCCAACCUCGCGGGCAAAGCACAGCCCUCGCCGGGAACCCUGGCCGCGCCCGGCCGCCUCUCUCGGCGCAGCGGCGGCGCCCAUGGCGCGAAGGACAAGCCGCCGCCGGGCGCCGGAGCCAGGGCAGCGGGCGGCGUCAAGGCCGCUCCGGGCCUCAGGAGGGCGGCGCGCACGGCGCCCGCGGAGCUGCUGCCUCGGGCGGGGAGGCCGCCGCCGCCGCCCGGGACCGAGCCGCUGUCCGCCGCUGCCAAGGGCCGCAAAUCCAAACGCGGCUCCGGGGCGUCCCCCGCCCAUGCCACCGGGCUCCCGGUCCCCGCCGCCCCGAUCCCCGCCGUGAUCCUCGCCGUGACCUCCUCGGCCGGCUCCCCUGCUCCCGGGUCGCGCAUCAGCCACACGGACAGCAGCUCGGACCUCUCCGACUGCCCCUCCGAACCCCUGUCCGACGAGCAACGCCUGCUACCCGCUGCCAGCAGCGACGCCGAGUCUGGCACGGGCUCCAGCGACCGGGAACCGCUGCGAGGAGCCCCCACGACGAGCCCCACAGCUCGCGGGGCGCCGCCCAGCAGCCCCGAGCCCCCGGCGCUCCUCGCCGCGCCUCCCGCCGCCGGCUCCUGCCUCGGGGGUCGGAGCAGCCCAGGUGGGGUCCCCGCGGGGUCCCCGGGAACGGGUGUGGCAGAGGAUGCCGGGGGGCGCGCGCCGCUCGAGCGAACGGUCCCCGGGAUCCUCAAGGAGCCCGGUCCGGGCGAGCAGACCCGACUGGUACCGGCGGAGGAGGAGGAGCUGCUGCGGGAGAUCGAGGAGCUGCGCUCGGAGAACGACUAUCUCAAGGAUGAACUGGAUGAACUCCGUGCUGAAAUGGAGGAGAUGAGAGACAGUUACUUAGAGGAAGACGUUUACCAGCUGCAGGAGCUUCGGCGAGAGCUGGACCGCGCUCAUAAAAACUGCCGAAUCCUGCAGUACCGCCUCAGGAAAGCCGAGCAGAAGAGCCUGAAAGUGGCUGAGACUGGUCAGGUAGAUGGCGAGCUCAUCCGGAGUCUGGAGCAGGACUUAAAGGUAGCCAAAGAUGUAUCUGUCAGAUUGCAUCAUGAACUUGAAACCGUGGAGGAAAAGCGUGCUAAAGCUGAGGAUGAAAACGAAAGUCUCCGCCAGCAGAUGAUUGAAGUGGAAGUAUCCAAACAAGCCCUCCAGAAUGAGCUGGAGAGACUGAGAGAGAGUUCCCUGAAAAGAAGAGGCAGCCGGGAAACGUACAAAGAAAAGAAAACCCUUAACCAGCAGAGUGGUGGACCCGAGCGCCUUGGAAACUGCAGGUCUGCAACCAAAACUCAAAGGAAACCAGCAGCACCCCGGCACAAGGAUGACAGUGCUGAUUUGAAGUGCCAGCUUCAGUUUGCCAAAGAGGAAGGCUCCCUGAUGCGUAAGAAGAUGGCCAAGCUGGGGAGGGAGAAGGACGAGCUGGAACAGGAGCUCCAGAAGUACAAGGCCCUGUAUGGAGACGUGGACAGCCCUCUCCCCACGGGGGAAGCGGGUGGGCCGCCCAGCACCAGGGAGGCCGAACUGAAGCUGCGGCUGAAGUUGGUGGAGGAAGAGGCCAACAUCUUGGGCCGGAAGAUCGUAGAGCUGGAGGUGGAGAACCGAGGCCUCAAAGCGGAGAUGGAGGACCUGCGGGUCCAGUAUGAGCGAGAGGGUACAGGCCGGGACCACAUGGCAAGCAUUCCUACCUCACCCUUCAGCGACUCCCUGGAGUCCUCGACGGAGCUCCGCCGGCACCUGCAGUUCGUGGAGGAGGAAGCGGAGCUGCUCCGGAGGUCCAUAUCCGAGGUCGAAGACCACAACCGGCAGCUGACGCAUGAGCUGAGCAAGUUCAAGUUUGAGCCCCGGCCGGAGCCAGGGUGGCUGGCGGAGGGCAUGAGCAAGGGCGCACCCAGUGGGGCCCCUCUGCAGGAGGAGCUCAAGUCAGCGCGGCUGCAGAUCAACGAGCUGAGUGGGAAGGUGCUGAAGCUGCAGUAUGAGAACCGGGUGCUGCUGUCCAACGUGCAGCACUAUGACCUGGCUGCCCACCUGGGCCUGCGCGCCCCGAGCCCCCGGGACAGCGACGCGGACAGCGACCAGGGCAAGAAGGAGAGCGACGGGGAGGAAGGCCGCCAGCCCCAGCCCAAGCGGGAGGGCCCUAUUGGCGGCGAGAGCGACUCAGAGGAGAUGUUCGAGAAGACGUCGGGCUUUGACAGCGGAAAGCCGUCGGAGGCAAGUGAGCCGUGUCCGGCCGAGCUCCUGCGGGUCAGGGAGGACACCGAGUGCUUGGCAAGCAUAAAGCACGAGGCCGAGCGGCUUGAGCGGACCAUGGAGCGCCUCAUCACGGACACCGCCGGCUUCGGCGACAAUGUGGGGCUGCGAGGCAGUGGUGAGGCCUCACUGGGGCCUGACGUCCAGGGGGCAGGGGAGACGGGGGAGACGGGCGAGACAGGCAAGAAGGAGCCCCCGCUGCUGGGGACCAUCAACUCGAGGAUGAAGGUUUUUAGGAAGGAGCUGCAGGCCUUCCUGGAGCAGGUGAACAGGCUCGGGGACGGCCUGAGGGAGCGCCUGGAAGACCUCUCCCCCUUGCCCCACCUCACAGAGUCUUCCAGCUUUCUCUCCACUGUGACCUCCGUGUCCCGGGACUCCCCCGUCGGGACCCUGGGGAAGGAGCUGGUCCCGGACCUGCAGUCCAAACUGAGAGGUCAGCCGGAGUGGCAGCCGGGGCAGGAGCGCGGGGAUGAGCCGGAGCCGCUGCACCGCCGAGCCGACGGGGAUGCUGGGAGCUGCCGGCUGGGAGGCCAGAGCUGCUUCAGUGUAGAGAGUGUACCGCUAGAGGAGCUGCAGGGUCAGCUUGCGCAGGCGACCAGACUGCAUCAAGAGGAGACAGAGAAAUUUACAAACACGAUUCGGAAGAUGGAGGAGGAGCACCUCUAUGCCUUGAGAUGGAAAGAACUAGAAAUGCACAGCCUGGCUUUGCAGAACACCCUCCAUGAGCGAACCUGGAGCGACGAGAGGAAUCUGAUGCAGCAGGAGCUCCGGUCCUUGAAGCAGAACAUUUUCCUUUUCUACGUCAAACUCAGGUGGCUGCUAAAGCACUGGCGGCAGGGGAAGCAGAUGGAGGAGGAAGGCGAGGAUUUCACUGAGAGGGAGCAUCCAGAGACCUUCCCCAGGCUGGGUGAGCUUGGAGUUCAGGGGGACCCGAAGGGGGAUGGCCCAGACCGAGAUGACAAUGGUCCAGGUUGUGGCUUUUCAAUGGGAGAGCAUUCUCCACACACCCCUGUGCAGAUUGGUGACCACGGAUCAAGGCUGCAGCCUGCGCACGGGGAACAGCUCCACAAGCAGGUGGUGGAAAACCAGCAGCUGUUCGGGGCGCUCAAAAGCCUGCUGGAGGACCUGCGCGCCGAGCUGCGGGAGGACGAGCAUGCACGGCGGCGGCUGCAGCAGCAAUACGCCAGCGACAAGGCCACCUGGGACGUGGAGUGGGCCGCGCUCAAGUGCCGCCUGGAACAGCUGGAAGAGAAGACUGAGAAGAACUUGGGAGAAGCAGGUGCUUCCACUGACAGCAAAGGAGCAUUCAAGAAGGAGAGGGAGACGCACCAGAAGCUCCUCGCCGACAGUCACAGCCUGGUCAUGGACCUGCGCUGGCAGAUCCAUCACAGCGAGAAGAACUGGAACCGGGAGAAGGUGGAAAUUCUUGACCGGCUGGACAGAGACCGGCAGGAGUGGGAACAGCAGAAGAAGGAGCUGUUGUGCAGAAUAGAGCAGUUGCAGAAAGAAAACAGUCCCCGGAGAAGUGGCAGUUUCCUCUGUGAUCAAAAGGAAGGCAACAUCCGCCCCUUUGCCCACCCAGGAAGUCCCCGAAUGCCCCGUCCCUUGGAGAUGUGGCCCUGCGCAGACACUGACUCCACCCCGUUUGAUGACCGGCCACUGUCUAAGCUGAAGGAAUCGGACAGAUGUUCAGCACGGGAAAACCUCUACUUGGACGCCUUGUCUCUAGAUGAUGAGCCAGAGGAGCCUCCGGCCCGAGGGCCCCAGCGGGAGUUCAGGAACUGCCUCCCCCAGGAAGAAGAAAAUCACAAGGGAAACCUUCAAAGGGCUGUGUCUGUGUCCUCCAUGUCUGAGUUCCAGCGUCUGAUGGACGUCUCUCCCUUCCUGCCGGAGAAGGGCCUGCCGGCUGCCAGCAACAAGGAGGACAUCACCCCGCCCCUGUCUCCGGACGACCUGAAGUACAUCGAGGAGUUCAACAGCAAGAGCUGGGACGAGAGGGCCCCAGAGCCCUGGGCAGACAGGACCGAGGGAGGGCGGGCAGGGAAUGAGGCCAGUGCCGAGCCUUUCCCCAGCUCUUCCUGGUACCUCACCACGAGUGUCACCAUGACCACGGACACCGUGACCAGCCCAGAGCACUGCCAGAAGCAGCCCCUACGGAGCCACGUGUGCACCGAGCAGGCUGGGCUGCGGGUGCUGCACAGCCCGCCCGCCGUCCGCAGGCUGGACAGCAUCAUGGCGGCAGGGGGUGAGGGCAAGGGCCGGUCAGAGCCUGAGUGCCGGUUUCCCACAAGCAGAGCCAGGGUGGGCGCUGAAGACACAAAGGGGGGUCCCUCAGAACAUGUGCUUAGCAGGUGGCCUUGUGCCCCCUCCAGAUACCCCCGAGACUAUGUGGAGGGAGGGCUGCACCCCCUCGAAAGUGCCCUCUGCACUCCCCUGGGGUUUGUCUCCCCACUACACAGCCUGCAGAUGGCCAAGAACAUGAGUGAUGACAUGAAGGAGGCGGCCUUCUCCGUCAGGAACGCCAUAUGCUCUGGUCCCCCCAAGCCUCCACUCAAGGACAUGGCCUGCCAGACCAAUGGGUCCCGGACAACGGGGACACAGACCGUUCAGACCAUCAACAUUGGCCUGCAGACCGAAGCCCUGCGUGGCAGCGCCAUCACCAGCAGCCCCCACAAGUGUCUCACGCCAAAGGCAGGGGGUGGUGCCACGCCCGCGUCAUCUCCUUCCCGCGGCCUUAGGAGCAGGCAGGUGGCCCCCGCCAUUGAGAAGGUGCAGGCCAAGUUUGAACGCACAUGUUGCUCCCCCAAGUACGGGUCUCCCAAGCUGCAGAGGAAGCCCCUCCCCAAAGCCGAGCAGCCAAAUAGCAGGACCUCCCUGGGGCUGGCUCCAAAGGGGUGCAGCGAGUCGGCCUGGGCCCGCUCCACCACCACACGAGAGAGCCCUGUGCACACCGCCAUCAACGAUGGCCUCUCCAGCCUCUUCAACAUCAUCGACCACAGCCCCGUGGUACAGGACCCCUUCCAGAAGGGAACGCGGGCGGGGAGUCGGUCUCGCUCAGCAGAACCUCGGCCGGAUCUGGGCCCAGGCCAGGAAACCAGCCCCAAUUCCCGGGGACGGUCCCCCAGCCCCAUUGGGGCUGGCUCAGAGACGUGGAGGGAGGAAGGGGGAGAGGGCACGCCCUUGAGGCAGGACUUAUCUGCUCCCCCUGGUUACACGCUCACCGAGAAUGUAGCCCGGAUCCUCAACAAGAAGCUGUUGGAGCAUGCCUUAAAGGAGGAGAGGAGGCAGGCCCCCCACGGGCCCCCAAGUCUUAACAGUGACAGCCACAUGGGAGAAACAGUCAAAGCUGAACCAGGGUCCAUUGAGGAACUACCUUGUUCUGCACUAGCUCCAUCCCUAGAACCCUGCUUCUCCAGGCCCGAGAGACCAGCAAACCGUCGCCCUCCGUCCCGUUGGGCCUCCCAUUCCCCUACUGCCUCACCGGCUCAGUCACCCGGAGACCCAGCCUUGUUGGAGGAGCUCGGCGACGAGGAGCCACCCGGGGAGAAUACACACGUGUGACGAGUGCAAGUUUGCAUGGAUUAUUGGGGAAUAAUUCCCUGUAAUUUGCAUAACCACACCGUACUCAUCAACCAAGCUCCGCCCACAAGAGGAGAUCUAGCUUUCCCAAGGUCAAAGAAUGUUUUUUAAAAAACACACAGCUGCUGAAUGUCCAACCUGUGAACCUGAGAUGUUUCUAGAACGAAACCGUAAACGUGCCUGUAAUAACUUAAUUUUUUUCAUAGCUCAGAAAACUAUUUUUGUCUCCAUCUUUUUUACACAGUAUAUUAAAAAAAGCUAGAUAAGAUAUAAAUUUAAAAAAUAAAAGUUUUAAAGAUGUACAUUUUAAGAGAUUCUGAACGCCCUUGCUCUCAAUACUGACUGCCUCUGUGUUAAAUUUGCACUGUUACACUUUGGUUUGGUUUAUUUCCACGUUGAAUUAGACUGUUUUAAGUUAAUUUUAUUUUGUCAGUGUUUUUGUUUUUUAAGAAUUUUUUGAAAUGCUUCAGACUGUCUGAUUCAAUGAACUUUUUGUAGUGAAAGAGCCAUGAAGCCAGUCGACAAGACGGAAAUCCUCUCUACGGGAGGGGAUACACAUCUGCAUUCUUGCAAAGGUACAGAGUCCUCAGCUGGGCUUACCAAAUUCGCUGUAUAAUCCACAUCCUCUACUCGACUUGCACGUCUUUGGGUUCGAAGAGCUCGGGUGCAUGUACAUAUUGCUACUGUGGUCUCACCAUCACGUAAGUGUGAGUCAUCUGUCCCACCGUAAUACGUUGUGAAUCCCUCAUACUGUACUUUUAUCAUUGCCCUCUUGCAUCGAGAUACAACAGCAAUGGCAUUUUUAAAUUAUUGUUAAUGAUGAACUGGCAAUAUACAGUGUUUAUUCAAAAUUUUCUUGUUUAAGGAAAAGCACUACAAAAAGUCAGGAGGGUACCACACUGAAUCAAAGGAUGGUGCCUCGGAGUCUGUAUGAGACCAUGAUGAAGUAGAAAUAAAGCCUUUACAAGAUG